AGAAUUGAACCCAGUUCCUCCCCCAUGCUAGGCAAGAGCUCUACCACUGAGCUAGAACCCCAUCCCAAGUAGAGAUAUUAAUACCCUACAUGUCAGUAUAGUAUUCAGCUUGGCUUCUUGAGAUACUAACAGUGCCUGACUUAUUUGUUUGGGUGGAGUUAUACUGCAUUUACACCUUUAAUGAACCUUUUCCAAAUAUUUUUUAUUUCACAACAAAAAUUUUUUAAAGAAAGAAAGACUUGAUUAUUUGGUGAAUCUGCAAAUACAGAAAGAAAUUUAUCCUCUGUCCAACAGUUUAGAUAUAAAUCCAAAUGUAAUGCAGCAAAGGAAGCAGUGAGCAAAGCUGGCAUGUAUUAACUUAAGCAAAAAGAAUAGCAUGAACAAUGCUUAUAAAAUAAAAGUUAUCACGAACAUCAACUUGAAACAACUUAAGGCAAUUAGAUGAUGGGGCUAAGUUAAAUAUUUGUUUGAGGAUGGCAGGGAUACUACAGUGAAAGGUUAAGAAUGUAAAGGUUAAGUUUUGUUUUCUUGGUUGAAGUUCUGUUUUCCUGAAACCUGAAAUUUAUGUAGGUGUCAAAACAAUUCCCGGAAAAACCGUUAAAUGUAUGUUGAGAAAUGCCUCCUGACCAUCUGGUUGCUCUGCAUAAACAACCCCUCCCGCAUUCCCUGAUCUCCGCAUGAACUCCCCAGUUCAAACAAGGUAUAUAAGCUCUGCUUAAGUUGUUCUCGGGCUCUCUGCUCCUCUCAAGUGAGCUCUGAGCCCCAGCAUGCUGGACCCCCAAUAAACCCUCUGCUGUUGCAUGAGACAGUCUCUUGGUGGUCUCUUCCUCUGACGCUUGCCCGACCUUAACAACAGGAAAGGAGUUCUCUAGGAUUCUCAGGCAGGGGAUCCCCUUGGGGCAAUGCACCCAUCCCAAUAGCCCUCUUUCUUCUUCAUCGUGUGCCAGACUCUGGGCUGGUGCGGUAAGGUAUUCACACUGCGGGGCCGAGACCGGACGGACUCCGCGCCAAGUGACUCCGUCUUCCAGGACCUUCCAGUCACACCACAUUUGUCAGUGACCCACGGAUCCGGAGGCGUUUCUGUGGCUUGCCCGGCUCUGGACUACGUUUCCCAGCAGUUAAAUCCAAUUCUGCUUCCAGGGCGAAGAGGCCUUGCGUAAUCGUCCUCGUUCCGGGGCUGGGCGCAGGUUUGCAGAGCAGCGGUGGCACGGAGAGCCCAGUUAAAGCCUUCUAAUGGACGUCCGGAACUCUUUGAAGCUCUUACCCAAACACCUAGACGGUGCUGGGCGUCGGUCUUUCCGAGAGAAGGGAAGGGACUCAAAGCCAAGGCCGGCGAACUGAGGCCCUCUCGGGACUACACUUCCUAGCGUGCACCGCGGCCACGCAACCGCCAGUGCACGCUCCGCACCUUUAGGGACCGCAGACGGAUCGCAUGAGAGUCCGCGCGGAACGUUCCAGGAUUCCAGGGGGCUUCGCGUUCGGGUAGACAUACAUUCCAGGAAUCAAACCAAGAAGUUAAUUUAAAAAAAAAAAACAAUGGAAAUGUGUUGAUCUGCAACCUUGGAUGAUUAUGUUAUAGUUGUGAUACGGAAGGCAAAAGUCAGUUUCAAACAAAACAGAAAAAUCAGGAGGAAAAAAUGCUUACUGUGAACCCACACAUGGCUUUUACUCGACAUCAGAGACUCAAUACAGGAGAGAGACUGAAUGAACUUAAAGGAUGUGAGAAAGCCUUCAUUUCUGCCUCAGACCACACUCAACAUCAGACGGUUCACAUUGAUGAGAAAUUCUGUGAAGAUAAGGAUCUUGGGAAGACAUUUAUUCCUGAUUCAGAAUUUCAGACAGUUCAUACUGGUAAGAAAACAUAUGAAUGUGAAGAAUGUGGCCAGGCUUUUAGUUUGCAAUCAAGCCUUACUGGUCAUAAGAGAAUUCAUACUGGGGAAAAAACUUUUAAAUGUAAAGAAUGUGAAAAGGCAUUUAGAUGUCAUUCACAUCUUAGUUUUCAUAAGCGAAUUCAUACUGGUGAAAAGUCUUAUGGAUGUAAGGAAUGUGGGAAGGCAUUUAGUUGUGGCUCAGGACUUAUUCGACAUCAGAGAAUUCAUACUGGUGAAAAGCCCUAUGAAUGUAAUGAUUGUAGUAAGGCCUUUACUUGUGGCUCAGACCUCACUCGACAUCAGAGGAUUCAUACUGGUGAAAAACCCUACAAAUGUAAUGAGUGCAGAAAGGCCUUUAGCCAGCCAUCCCAUCUUAUUAAACAUCAUAGAAUUCACACUGGCGAAAAACCUUAUGAAUGUAAGGAAUGUGGGAAAACUUUUACUUGUGGCUCACACCUAAGUCAACAUCAGAAAGUUCAUACUGGUGAGAAAUCACUUCAGUGUAAGGAAUGUGGGAAAUCCUUUAGUUCUCGCUCAAAUCAUCGUCAACAUCAGUUAAUUCACACUAGUGAGAAACUAUGUGAGGACAAGGAAUGUGGGAAGUUCUCGCUUUCUGUUUCAGCUGUUACUCAAUAUCAGACUAUUCACAAUGAUAAGAAAAAAUAUGAAUGUAAAGAAUGUGGCAAAACUUUUAGUUUACGUUCCAGUCUCAGUGGUCACAAGAGAAUUCAUAGUGGGGAGAAGCCAUUAAAAUGUAAGGAAUGUGGGAAGGCCUUUAGGUUUCACUCACAACUUAGUAUCCAUAAACGAAUUCAUACUGGUGAGAAAUCAUAUAAAUGUAAAGAAUGUGGGAAGGCCUUUAGUUGUGGCUCAGACCUUACUCGACACUGGAGAAUUCAUACUGGUGAAAAGCCCUAUGAAUGUCAUGAAUGCAGAAAGGCUUUUAAUCAGCGAUCGCAUCUUAUUAGCCAUCAGAUAAUUCACAUGAGUGGAAAACCUUUUGAAUGUAAAGAAUGUGGGAAAAAUUUUGCUCGUAUUUCACACUUAAUUCAACAUCAGAACAUUCAUAAAUGUGAGAAAUCCCAUGAAUGUAAAGACUUUCAUAAAAAAGCCAUUAGUUCUGAUACAAAACAUAGUCAACAUCAGUUAAUUCACACUGGUGAGAAAUUCUGUGAUGAUAAGGAAUCUCAGAAGAUGUUUGUUCCUGACUUGGAACUUACUCAAUCUCAGAUACAUCAUGAUAGGAAAACGUAUACAUGUAAAGAAUGUGGCAAGUGUUUUAGGUCAUGUGCAAGUCUUAGUAGUCACAACAAAAUUCAUACUGUGGAGAAAGAUUUAAAGUGUAAGGAUUGUGGGAAGGCCUUUGGUUAUAUGUCAGACCUUACUAGACAUCAGAGGAUUCAUACUGGUGAAAAACCUUAUGAGUGUAAAGACUGUAGAAAGGCCUUCACGUGUGGCUCAGACCUUACUCGCCAUCAAAGAAUUCAUACUGGUGAAAAGCCCUAUCAAUGUAAAGAAUGCAGAAAGUCCUUUAGUCAGCAUUCACAUCUUAUUAACCAUCAGAGAAUUCACACUGGUGAAAAACCUUAUGAAUGUAAGGAGUGUGGGAAAGACUUUACUCGUCGUGCAUACCUAACUCGACAUCAGAAAAUUCAUACUAAUGAGAAAUUGUGUCAAUGGAAGGAAUGUAGAAAGGUCUUCAGUUCUGCCUCAGACCAUAAUCAGCAUCAGGUCGUUCACAGUGGUAAAAUGUUACAUGAAGAAAACGAAUGCAGGAAAACCUUUCUUCCUGACUUGGAACUUACUCAAUGUCAAACUUUCCACACUGGUAAGAAAACAUAUGAGUGUAAAGAAUGCGGCAAGACUUUUAGUUUGAGAUCAGGUCUGUCUUGUCACAGGAGAAUUCAUAGUGGGGAGAAACCAUUAAAAUGUAAGGAAUGUGGCAAAGCCUUUAGAUUUCAUUCACAACUUAGUGUCCACAAGCGAGUUCAUACUGGUGAGAAAUCCUAUGAAUGUAAAGAAUGUGGGAAGGCCUUUAGCUCUGGCUCAGAUCUUAUUCGUCAUCACAGAAUUCAUACAGGUGAAAAGCCCUAUGAAUGUACUCACUGUGGAAAAGCCUUUAGUCAAAGAUCACAUCUCAUUAAACAUCAAAGAAUUCACAAUGGUGCAAAACCAUAUGAAUGUAAGGACUGUAGGAAAGCAUUUACUCUUGAGUCACACCUAACUCAACAUCAGAAAAUUCAUAUUGGUGCUUUGUGGCACCUCUACUCUAGGGACAUUCCCUCAGCUGAUGAGAGAACUAUGUGGCUCAACCUCUGUCAGUCUAUUUCCUCCACUACCUGGAGGAACUGUAGAGAGGAGGCUGAGGGACCCUGGAAUCCAGAUAUGAAAUCAGUUACCUUUGAGGAUGUCGCUCUGAGCUUUUCUGUAGAGGAGUGGGCUUUGCUGGAUCCUUUCCAAAAGAAGCUCUACAGAGAUGUAAUGUGGGAAACCUUCAGGAACCUGGCCUCUAUAGAAAUCAAAUGAAACACAGACUCUGAACAUAAAUAGGUAAUCAAAACGUAGAAAAAUAUUCAGUAGUACUAUAGAUCCUAUGGUAAACAAGAAAACUUCCUUGAGUAAAAAGCUGGUCAAAGUAAUUUGUUUGGAGAAGUCCUCAUUGGUCAUUCACGUGUUAAUGUUCCUUUCAGAGCUCAUACCAGAUACAAAUGAUAUGAAUGUCAGGAAUAUGGAGAGCAGCUAUACAAAGGCAAGGAAUAUGGAGAGCAGCUAUACAAAGGCAAGGAAUAUGGGAGUCCCUUAGUUGUUACCAGAUAACAUUCAGAGGAAUGAAAGGACACUUUAGAAUAAACAUCAAGAAUGGAUACAAGGUGAUAAAAUGCUCAGAUAUUCCAUUUUUAAUGAAAUUACUUACUACAGAAGACCCCUACAUAUGUGAUCAAUGUGGGAAAGACAUCUGAGAUCACAGUUCCGUCACAAAACACAGACAACACAAACUCUCAGUGUAGAGUAUUCCUACAUAAGUAAACAAUGUAGGAAAGCCUUCAGUCAUUGCAAUACCUUUCACAAGUAUGAAAAAAUUCACACUAGACAACAACUCAAAAUAUAGAAUGUGUAAAUGCUUCAUUACCACACAAAGUUUCUAGAAAAUUUGAGAUUGAAUGGUGGAAAAAACUCAUGUCAAUGAAAGAUGUGUGGAAUGUCUCUAGUCAUCUUGGUUUUGUUCAUAUAUGUGAAAGAACAAAAUAUAGUCAGGGACCAUGACUAGAAAAAGGUGCAAAACUCCUGAUUUGGCCCAUAUAUAACAAUGCACAAAGCCCUGUAAAUGUGAAAAACACAAGAAAGUUUUCAGGUUUUACAGAUUCCAAGCCCUGUAAAAAUUCCCCAUGUAGGGGAAAUAUAUGUAAAUACUAUUAAAAGCUUGAUUCAAUUGAAGUGGUGUAGAAUACUGCAAAAAAUGCAAAACCUAAAAAGAAUGUAAAAAAGUUAAAUAUAUAUUGUGUGUAUCAGUGACUUAAUAAAAAUUUUUACUCUUGGGAAUAAAUACUGAA